GUAUCUCAUCGCCUGGUGAAAGGAUGAGGGGAGAAAACGGCUAUAUUUGUACAAACGCUGCGCUCGUCUCUCCGUGCUGGGAGGGCUCUUUGGAGAGAUCUUAGGAGCCUUUCCGAGGGGCUGAUAUAGAUAUAAGGACAUUUCUACAUCGCGUCACGUGACAUAAUUACCACUAGAAUCAAUCAAGAUGAAUUGCACGUCAGCACACGGUGGGGAUUUUUUCUUAGUUGAUCCUGUCCAAACCCUCUUGUGCAAUAGAUGGAUCUUGUUCAAUGCAUUGAAGCCUCCUGGUUGCUUGCAAUCGCAAAAAGGAAGACAUGACUGAGUUUGACGAUUGCAGUCACGGCACAUCCAAUAUGUAUCUGCCAGGGUGCGCUUAUUACGUCUCACCCUCAGAUUUCUCGACGAAACCCUCUUUUUUGUCGCAAUCGUCGUCCUGUCAAAUGACUUUUCCUUAUUCUUCUAAUUUACCUCAUGUCCAACCUGUGCGCGAAGUGGCAUUCAGGGAAUACGGAUUAGAGCGCAGCAAAUGGCAGUAUAGGGGCAGUUAUGCUCCUUAUUACUCAGCUGAAGAGGUGAUGCACAGAGACUUUCUGCAGCCUGCGAACAGGAGGACGGAAAUGUUAUUCAAAACGGACCCUGUCUGCGGCCACCACGGACCGUCUCCCGCCGCCUCCAACUUCUACAGCUCGGUGGGGAGGAACGGCAUCCUGCCGCAAGGCUUCGACCAGUUUUACGAGACAGCCCCCGGACCCCCGUACCAGCAGCACUCCGAGGGCGAGGGGGACGCGGACAAGGGCGACUUGAAAGCCCAGAACAGCACUUGCAGUAAAACACCUUCCAGCCAAGAGAAGAAAGUGACACCAGCAAACAGCGCCGAUUCCCCUUCUGGUGAGGCUGUUGCAGAGAAGAGCAACAGUUCAGCAAUUCCCCAGCGAUCAAGGAAAAAGAGGUGUCCCUAUACCAAAUAUCAGAUAAGAGAACUGGAACGGGAGUUUUUCUUCAACGUGUACAUAAACAAAGAGAAAAGACUGCAGUUGUCCAGAAUGCUCAACCUCACUGACCGGCAAGUUAAAAUCUGGUUUCAGAAUCGAAGGAUGAAAGAAAAGAAACUGAACAGAGAUCGACUCCAAUAUUUCACUGGGAAUCCCUUGUUUUGAAAAAAAAAAAAAAAAAGAAAAAGAAAGGAAAAAAAAUUAAAAAGAGAGAGCAAGAGUAAAGGAAGAAAGAAGAAAAAUAAAGAAUAUCUUGGUCUCUCUGACCUGCCAUCUGAAUGCAAAAGUAAAUUGGUUUACAUGACACAUCCACCCUGCGGAACUCAAAGUUUCAUUUUCAUGUGCAACUCCACACACUGAAUGGCCACUGGAGAUUUCGGGGCUUGGCGGAGCAGAUGCCUGAUAAGGGGAAACUAGGGUAAAUCCAACUGUCCACUCUCAAGUGUUUCUCGCCAAAGGUGCUUUUUUUCCCUCUCCCACAGUACCAGCAAUGGACCUGCAGUGUGUCUGGUAGUUUUUGCUUACAAUUCAUUGAGUUCGGGGGGGCUCUCUUGUUGCUUUUGAGCUAGGAUAACACUUUCCUCCCUUAAGUGAAUGCGGUUUAUUUAAGAGAUGGUAAAUGUACGUUCGCUAUAUAUAAAAUAUAUAUAUAUAUGUUUCUAUUGUCAUCCAAAAGCAUGGGCCACUGUCUUUUUCAUGUGAAUAAAUGGUUUCUAGUAAAGUUAAGGUUAUAACUUCCGUGCACUGUAUGGAUUUCCAUCUCCGAAGGGUCCUAACGUUU